AUGCCGCCGGAGCCGCCUCGACCGCCGUCCACCGAGGAGACGUCGCCCACAGAAUCACCGCCGCCGCCGCCGGACGGCUACCAGCUGCUGGGCGGGCAGACGCCUUGGCAGCCGCUGCCGGCGGGCACCGACGGCACCCUCCCCCAGCCGGACGGGGUCAGCUCCGAGCUCAGAAGUCAGUCGCCGCCAGAGGGCACCGACGGCACCCUCCCCCAGCCGGACGGGGUCAGCUCCGAGGAUGAAUCCUCUGAAGACGACGAGGCGCUGUCGGAUCGCGCUGAUAAUGAAUACCAGCCAGCUGGAGAGCUGACAGCGGCGCCGUGGGAGCACGACGUCAACGGGUCAGAGGUCAACGUCACCACUGCCGAACGGACGUCCCGGUCAGGUCCGACCGCUGACCGGGACGUAGGGCGCGCCGCCAGCCCGGCUGACGACCGUCCGGCCUGGCCGUUGGAGGCGACCGAGGCGGAGCUGGAGCGUCAAAAGGAGGCGGUCGGCGAGCGGCAGCGCCUGUUCGGAUCGGCGGCCCGGACACCGGCGGCGCUGCUGCUGCCGCCGCAACAGGCGGAGGCCGUGCGCCGCGCCAUGCGGGCUGUACGGCUGCCAGCCGAGGCCACGCCAGACUGGGCGCGCGGUCUCUCCGACCAGCAGUGGCAGCAGCACGUCGACCGACUACUGGGGCGGCGGGUCCAGCCGCCGCCCCCACCGGGGAAGCCUGGUCCGGCCGGCACGCCGCACCCACCUGGCUCAGAGCAGCCGCUCUCGCCUGGUUCAGAGCAACCGCUCUCACCUGACUCAGAGCAGCCGCUCUCGCCUGGCUCAGAACAGCCGCUCUCAACUGACCGAGGACAGCCACUCUGAGUUCACAGUUGCUCCGUCCUUAUCCAGGGCAGUACCUUUGACCUGGUUUCAGACAGACAAUUUCGUUUGACUGACCUGAUUU